CGGAAGAAGCUCGGGGCUGCGCACGUGGGUAGAGGCCUCAGGACCCGGCUGAUGGCUAGUUCCGCUGGGUUGGCGCUGUGCGGGCAAGCGCUGGUGGUGCGGGGAGGCAGCCGGUUCCUGGCCACUACCACUGCAAGCAGUGACGAUGACAGCCUCUUCAUGUAUGAUUGCAGUACCGCGGAAAAGAAGCCACAGGAGAAUAAAGGGGAGGACGGGCAGCCUGUGGAGAAGGGGAGUGACACGAUCCUGGCGUCCACCUUCUCCAAGUCUGGACGCUAUUUUGCUUUAACGGAUGACAGUAAGCGUCUGAUUCUUUUCCGUACAAAACCAUGGCAAUGUCUGAGUGUCAGGACUGUGGUGAGGAGGUGCACGGCCCUGACGUUCACAGCUUCUGAGGAGAAGGUUCUGGUGGCAGACAAGUCUGGGGACGUUUACUCCUUUUCAGUGCUGGAGCCACACCAGUGUGGCAGACUUGAACUUGGGCACCUGUCCAUGCUACUGGAUGUGGCCGUGAGCCCUGAUGACCGCUACGUCCUCACUGCUGACCGGGACGAGAAGAUCCGGGUGAGCUGGGCCUUGGCUCCGCACAACAUCGAAGCCUUCUGCCUGGGGCACACUGAGUUUGUGAGCCGCAUCUUUGUGGUGCCCGACCACCCCGACCUGCUGCUGUCCUCGUCCGGGGACCGCACCCUGAGGCUCUGGGAGUACACACACGGGCGUGAGCUGCACUGCUGUCACCUGGCCAGCCUGCAGGAGCCAGCAGGCCCCUGGAGCGACAAGAGGUUUGCUGCAUCCAGGAUCACUUACUGGAGCCAGGACAGCUGGGUGGCACUGCUGUGUGACUGCAUCCCCGUGGUCUGCAUCUUCCGGCUGGAUGCCCCCGGACGGCAGCUGGUCUGCAGACAGCAGCUGUCUUUCCAGCACCGAGUGUGGGACGUGGCUUUCCAGGAGAGCCAGGGGCUGUGGGUGCUGCAGGACUGCCGGGAAGCCCCACUCGUGCUCUGCAGGCCUGUGGACGGCCGGUGGCAGAUAGUUCCUGAGACCACUGCGGUACAGAAAGUCAGCGCUCAUCUUCACAGGAACUGGGCCAUGCUGGAAGGCUCUGCCGGCGUGAACGAUGGCUUCAGCAGUCUGUACAAGGCCACCUGUGACAACAUGGCCACUUACCUGAAGAAGAAGGAGGAGAGGCUGCAGCAGCAGCUGCGGAAGAAGCGACAUAAGAACCCACCCCCCGGGCCCAACGGGCAGACCAAGAAGGUGAAGUCCGGGGAGGUGCCCUGGAGCGGCCCAUCCUAGCCCUGGCGCGGCUCGCCCAGCCUCGGAAGACAGACUCUCUCUCCCCUCCUUGCUGGCAGCGCCUGGGAAGGAAAACAGGGACAACACUGCCCACUUGCUCUUGGUGGCAGUGAGGGCCACACAGCUUCGCAGACACCGGGGCUGUCCCAGUAACAGGUGGUAUCCCGGGCUCCAGAACGUCCUGUUGCUGAGCAGACGCUCCGCCGAAGGCGCCCUGCACCUCCUGCUGCCACUGGGAGGCCGAACAGUGUGUUCGCUCAGCUGGACCCACCACCGGCGGGCAGCGGGAGCCCCGAAGCCCUUCCCCUUCACAUUGUGGGGACGUGAGCCUGUGUCCACAGCGCCUGUUGGUUCUGCUAUUGCCGCCCAUGCCUGGCACACCUUCCCCCAGGGCACUGCACAAGCAAACGUUUUUACGCGGCAUGAUGGGUGUUUUCCUUGUGUUCCUGUCGGCGGGUCCUUCCAGGCGGUGUACUGCACCGUCCACCCCGGCGACCACUCACCGUAGGGGGCCACCGCAACCCAAGUAGAAUGAAGGGCUUGGCCCCGGUCGCGUGCUCCAUCCCCACGCGGCGAGGGGCUCCCGCUCGGCUACAGGCAUGAGAACUUGGUGGCCGUGCUGGCAGCGAAGUGGACUUGUCUCAGGACGUGAGGGCACGGGAGCUGGACCGGAGGCUUGGUCCACAGGGAGGUGGCUGCUGACGUGUGUGUAUUGUUUUGAUUUGAGCCUUGUACACACGUCACGAAGAAGGGGGUGUCAGCUGGAUCCUAUCACGUCAGCAAAGAUGAGAGCUUCUCGCAGCUUCUGGAAAUGUUUAGUCGCGACGUGUGGAACUGAUUUCAAAAUAAUAUUGAGCAAAACCA